AUGGCGACCGCGUUAGGUCGCCUCCUUCCGAACUUGGGUGGUCCUCAAAAUAGAGUCAGAAGACUCUAUGCGAACGUCGUGCAAUCGGUGCUCCUCUACGGGGCACCGGUGUGGGCCGACAGGGUCGCGGCCAGUCGGCGCAUACAGGCGAUGUUACAUCGUCAACAGCGCCGGCUGGCCAUCAGGCUGAUCCGGGCCUACUGCACGGCGUCGUUCGCGGCGGCCACGGCUCUGGCAGGCCUCCUCCCGGCCGAGUUCCUGGCGAACUCGUACGCUGAAUUUUAUCGGCGUACGAGGGACCCAGACCGGCCCGGGAGCGCCCGCCUAUUACCAAGAGUCGUGGCUAGGCUCAGGAGAGAUGCCCGCCAGGGAGCCAUGGAG